CUGAGAUAGUGUAAAAUGUUGCAAUUUAACUUUUUAAAUGUCUUUUGAACUACGGCAUUAUCGGCACUAUCUUUUAGAAGUGAAAUAUAAGAAAAAAGUGAAAAAGAAAGUAUCAUUCCAGUUGCCAUCGAGGGAAGGUUUGACGACGCCUAGGAGCGCUCGAGCUCCUAUUGGCAGGAGACCAACGGGCACACUACCACAUCAACGUAUUAAGAAGGAGCAAAAAGAGAAGGUGCCAGAAAGUCCGCCGGAGAUGGAUUCUCCAGUGGGCAGCGUGGGCAGCGACUUGCGGCGGCAGAACGAGGAGCUACGCGCCCGCCUCGCUGGCGAGAGUGCUGACCACCGGCGGCGGCUUGAUGCUUACCGCAGGGCGCAGCAGGGGCAGGCGGCUUUGGUGUCCAGGCUUCAAGCGAAGGUUCUCCAAUACAAGCAAAGAUGUUCGGAGCUAGAGAACCAAAUGUUGGAGACGACUCCUCGCAGCGAACCCAGCUACCGGCAGCCCACCGGCAAGAUCGCUUUACCGGCGCCUUCUGCACUGUCCACUGUCACUCCAUCGACAUCCGACCGUCGGGAUGAGCGUAUUAAUGACUUGGAAACUGCCCUGCGUAGGCUUGACGAGGAAAAACGCAAAUGUGAGAAGUUAGUAUCUCAAAACAACCUGUUGCGAGACCAGCUGGAGGAGUCACACCAGCUGAACGAAGCCCUCACCAAUGACCUGCAGAAGCUCACCAAUGACUGGGAAGCCUUGAGGGAUGAAAUGGCCAUAAAGGAGGAUGAGUGGAAGGAUGAGGAACAGGCCUUCAAUGACUACUAUUCAAGCGAGCACAACCGUCUCCUAAACCUCUGGCGCGAGGUGGUCUCAGUCAAGCGCUUCUUCUCCGAGCUUCAGACUAACACCGAGAGAGAUCUCUACAAAGUGAAGAACGACAUUGACUCUGCUGCUCGGGAACUUGUUGGCACUUUGAGUGGAUAUGCUAUAACUGCUUAUGCUUCCCAAGGCUCCAAGCCUGACUCACAACAGCAAUAUUCAAGCACAUGCGUUACGCAAUCGACCUCAAGUUCAACAGUGGAAGUUCUUAGAGUGGAGCUGCAUACGAUCACUUCGCAACGCGACUCCGCAAUCGCUGAGCUGCGGGAAAGAGACAACCGCAUACAACGCUUGCUGGGAGAACUACAGGGCUUGGAGGAGCGCUGCGAAUGCGCGGAGACACUGUGUUCGGAGGCAGGCAUUAUGCGCUCGGCUUUAGAGGAGGUUGCCCGCGCGCUCAUACAGGACUCUGAGGCCGAUGCGGCGCCACAACACCUGCAUAUAUCUGAGCGAUCGCCUAAACGGGGAGCUCCAACCUCGGGCAACGCUACUGCAUUCGCUGAGAGCACCAUAUCCGCAGUACAAGCCGCUUUGCACAAGUAUCAAAUACAGAUACAUGAAUUGCAGGUAAAACUGCAAAACACCAGAGAACAACUCCUGACAAGUAGAAAGCACUGUGAAGCGGCGGACAGUAGCAUAGCGUCUUUGGAAGGAAAAGUGCAAGAUUUGCAAGGUAAAUUAGAUCAAGCCAACACAGAUUUGAACCAACUCCUACAAGAGAAAGAUUCGAUGCAGAAGACCCUCGAAGCCUUGAGAAUAGAUAAGAACAAUCUAGAACGAAAUCGCGUUGAAAUCAAUGCUAUGGUGGAGUCCUUAACAUCGGAUUACGAGAAGCUUCAAAAAAUUAACAGUCGCCUGGAAAAGAACAUCGAAUCUCUUGAGGGCGAGAAACGCGCGCUGAACUCCGAAGUUGACCGUUUACAUCGGGAGGCGUCCAGUAGAGAAUCUGUUUUGAGGGCCGAAGAAGAGCGUUCGUCGCGAAUGCGUGCUGAACUCGUGACGCUAAGAGAGGAGCUUAACAAGAUCGCUUUGGCGAGAGAUUUGCUGGACCAGCAGAAGUUAGAAGCCGACGCCAUACUGUCGCAGAUGGAGAAAAACAGAAGUGAACUAGAAAUUGAGUUAGAAAGAACUUUAAUAGAACGCGGAGAUUUCCAAGAUUUAGUGGAGAAGUUGCAAAAUCUAGUCCGAAAUCUGGAAGCAGAUAAGAAGAAGCUUCAGGAAGACGUUAAACAUCUCGAAGACGACAGAUCGUCCCUGUCAAACCAGUCAUCAGACCUACAGGGUGAUCUGAAUUCGCUCCGCAAGGAGUUGCUAGCAGCUGAGCAGAACAGGAUGGAGUUGGAGGCAGAUAAGGCGUCUCUGCAUGAGAAGAUCAAGUUCCUAGAGGGAGAGAGGGAGAAAGUUGAAAUGGAGUUACGGCAAGUGAUGAGAGAGCGUGGUGAACUCAGUUCCCAAUUAACGGCGAUGGCUCGUAAGAAAGACACACUGAACGAAGAGAUCAUACGUUUGCAACAACGAUUGGAGCAGGCGAACGAAACUAUCGGCCGACUGAACCGGUCUCUUGAUGAUCAUGUUAAAGAUUCGGAGGAAAAACAGUUAUUAAUAGAUAAUUUGGAGAAAGACAAGCAGCAUUUGCAAGAGCAGCUAGCGGGAGUUAGGUCUGAGAAGGACGCGCUAGAGGCGGUGUUGUUUGAUACGGCCAACAUGCUGGAAGAUGCGGAGAAUAAAAGGAGCAAGUUGGAACAUGACUUGCAGGAAACGCUUGUCCAGCAGGAGAAUUAUAAAGGUCAAAUCGCCCGCCUGACAAAAGAUCUGGAAAACAGUGAAAAGAAACUUCGAGAGACAAGGAACAGCAUGUCGCAGCAAUCUGGCAAGAAAGAGGCCGAGUACCAGCAGGUCAUCACAAAUCUCAACCGGACCACUACGGAGAAUAUUACUAAACUUAAAGAGGAAAAGGAACAAUUGCGUCAAUCAUUAGAACAGAAACUUAGCCAAACAAUAGCGUCACUGACGAGUGAGAGGGAAGCAUUCGAGGCUGCCGCGAGAGAGAAAGAGAAGAAGCUAUUGGCAGCUCGCGAUCAGUUGAUGUUGCAACAUGACGAGGCUAUGUUGAGGGCUGAGAAUGAUAAACAACAGGCUUUGCUUAUGGCUCAUCAAGAACACCAAGCCCUGAUGGAGAGGCUAGAAGAAGCGAAACGCAUACUCUGUUGCGAGCAGAACAAGCUAGAGCGUGUGCGGCGCGACGCGCAGGCGCGGUCGGAUCAAGACAGGAAUCAUAUCAACCAGUUGAAGGAUGACUUGGCCGCUUUGAAGACCAGGCUGGAGGAAGCCAAGGCCGCGGCAGAAGACGAUUGCGCUCGUUUCGAGAACCGCAUCAAAGAGUUGCACCUGGAGAAGGAGGCAGUCAACCGCGAGUGUCAGGAGACUCGCGCGCAACUGUCGCUCGCGGAGGACAAGUACGACGCCGCGUAUGCGCAGUUGCAAGACACUUUGCGCAAACUGAAGGACUUGGAAAACGAAACAGAAAGUCUCCGCAAAGAACUAACCGAUACGCGUCGCCAACUCAGCAACUGUACGGCUGAAAGGGAUAAAUACAAUAGCGCAUGUAGGGAAUUGCGCGAACAUGUCAAACGCUCGGAGCAUGAGAGACGAGAUGCGGCCAGAGCAAGAGACGAGGCUUAUCACAAGAUCGCAGGGUUGGAAGAAAAUCGCACGACUCUUGAGCUGGAGCUAUCGCGCGUGCAAACAAUGCUGAAGGAGGCGGAGAGUGGCGGCGAACACACGGAGCGCUCUCUGCGUGCUACGGAGGCGCAGUUGAAGAGAGAGCGCGCCGCCUUGGAGCAGGCGCAGCAUGACAUCAAGGAGUUGCAGUCUAGGUUGCAAAAUGAGAGCGAGGAGCGCGAGCGUUGCGCGGGCGACGCGGCGACGGCUAAGCGUCACAGCGCUGAACUGGAGGCGAUGCUAGCCGCAGCCCGCUCCGACCUGGCCGCGGCCAGGCAACGCGGCGCAGAGCUGGAGGAGGCUUGCCGGGCUAGAGAUCAGGAACUGGUACUGCGUUUGGAAGACUGCAGGUCCAAAGAGCGUCGCUUGGAGGAGCUCAAACACAACUUGGAAGUAUGUCUCGCUGAUGCUACGCAGCAGAUUCAGGAGUUGAAGACACGUCUCGGCGCCAGCGAAAGCCGCUGUCGCGCGGUAGAAACAGCGCUCGCUCAGACAGAAGCGGGCAGGCGUGAAGCCGAAGCGCGCCUGUCGUCAGUAGCGCACUCGCUGCGCAGAGUGUGCGGCAUCCAGCCCGACGGCAGCGUGCAGCAGGCGGCCAGGAGACGCCUCGCCAGUCCGUCCCGGCGAUACAGCCCGCACAGAGGUCGUGACCACUCGGAAGAUCGCAACGAGAUUAUAGACGUAGAUCCGGAAAUAAUCAAGAAGGGUGUUAGGAACUUAAUGCACGAGGUUUGCCAGAUUGAAAGAGAAAAGGAUGACUUCAAGUCUCAAGUGGGCAUACUCAAGAAGCAACUCAAAGAAGCGACAGAACAGCAGGGCAAAGGCGAAGGUCGCUUGCAGUCACUGAACACCAACGUACGCGGCUUGCAAGAAGAAAAGGCGCGAUUGCAAGCCGCUUUGGGCCAGAAGGAUGCGCAGUUGAAUGGUUUGAACGAGUCGGUACAGUCAAAGACUAUAGAAAUCAGUAAUCUGAGAGACAAGAUCACCAGUCUAGAAGCAACGUUGAGCUCCGUCACCGAAGAGAAAGUGCAAAAUGAGAAUAAGGCUGAGAAUCUUCGACUGCAGUUGGCUGAACGCGUACAGGAAGUUGGACAGUUGCGCGAAGCUUUGGCAGCUGCCGAAGGUCGUGCUGCGAGGUUGGAUGUGCGUAGAGCGCAGUUGGAGGGAGACGUGCAACGAGCGGCCGUUGCCGCAAGAGAUCGCGAUCAAGCGCUCAAGAAACUUCAAGAGCGCUGCGAAGGCUACACCCGUACUAUCGCGUCACUAGAAGACAGAUGCACAUCUCUGAAGGGCACAGUCGAACAACUGUCGACAUCUCUACAAAAAGCAGCCGCCGCUGAGAGCGAGCUAAGAGCUGAGUUGAGUAAGACUCAGCGCAUGUUGAAUGAGGCGAAGAACAAUGAGGCCAAUGCUAUGGACAAGUUGAGGCAGAUGCAGAAGUGUAUCGCUAACUGUGAGAACGAGCGUCGCGUCCUAACCGAAAAGCUGGAAAGCGCCAAAGCAGUGCUCGGAGAGUUGAAACGCCACAACUGCUCUCUGGAAGACCAGGUGCAUCGCCUCACCAACCAGUUGGCAACCCUCGAAGCGCAGAAAGCCGAUUUCGAAUCCCAACUCCGCAUGACAACCUGGGACGGCAAGGAGAGUAACGACAGCAGCGAGUUGGAGCGCGAACUUCACGCCUUGCAACGCGACCGAUCCGAACUUAAAGCGAAAUGCGACGCCUUGCAAGACACCGUCCGGAAGUUAGAAGCGGAGCGGCGGAUGGUGCGUCCGUCAGUCACUUCCGCGCUUCGCAGCAAAAGCCACGAUCGCACUGAGAAGACUGUAUACUAUUCUUCGGAUCUGGAUUCAGGACCAGAUUCCACAAAAGACUCGCGCAUAUACAAAGAAGUUCCAUGUAAAGACAAACCGUACAGUGCAGAGUUCAGUCUGCUGGAACUCGAGAAUAGAGAGCUCAAGAUGAAGAUACGGCGUUUGGAGAAGGAACUUGCUGACAAAGAAUCUGAACUAACAUUAGCUCGCAACCGCUACUUUAGCGACGCGUCUAAUGGAGGCGCCAAUAAUAGACAAGAUAUAGAGCAGUACAGAAUGGCGGCAAUGCAAGCGGAGCGGCUCCUGGAGGCGAGAGAGGCCAGCUACAGACAACAGAUCAUGCGCCUUGAGAACCAGCUAUCGCAGCUUCGCUCGCAACUAUCAGCGGAGAUCCGUCGUCGCCAGGCGUACAUCGCCCGCAGCGGGCGCGCCGCUCGCGACGUGCAGGGCUUACGAUCUGCUCUCAGAGACUCGCUGAGGACUGUAUCGCAGGAUCCGGCAUUAGACUCCUACACGUUGGAGCACGAAGCGAGAAAGCUGGACAGCACUUUAACACACAGCCUGCCGCCUCUCAACGACAGCUAUGAUUCUUCCAAAUAAAA